CGUACCGCCUACCGCUCUAACCCGCGCACCACACCUCUCGGUUCUCUCUCUCUCUCUCCCACUCCCACUCCCACCGAUACCUGCACCACCACCAUCAGCGGCCUGGGUUGGCGACCAUUUGUUAUUAUUAAACCCGGACCCCGUCCGACCACCCCCUUCCAUCUAAGAAAGACCCUUCUCGGUCUCCCUCACACUCCUUUCUCUGUGUCGUGCAGAGUUGUCGUGAGGAGUUUGGAAAUAGCUUCCUCGACCUCGAAUCACAAUUCCGAAUACCCUCAACCUCCUCCUUAUCCUCCAGACCCGACUUCGACUCUCCUCUGUCUUCCUACGAGGAGCCCUCCGAAAUCUACAUCCCGAGAAAAGAGAGCCACUGUCCCCGGUGAGCUAUCUCUAUCUCGCUUCACGUCAGAAACACCAAGGAGAAAAAAAACUGUGAGUGCCCUCUGUUUGGCCACCCUUCAGGAGAACAACAACACCAGGAAACCAGUGCCAUGGUUCUUGACCGCUGCCUUUUGCCUAUUGCCCAGCUUGUUGCCUCGUUUUUGUGACUCCUCACUACACUGCCUGCUUAUCUUGCCGCCUCGUCAGAGGAGAGGAAACGAGAAGGGGAAAUCUCUGCCUCGCACACUGCACUUUGCAUCCUGCACCACCCACUUGCUUUGCUGUUGGCUGUCAUAUUCACUGUCUGCCUGUGUUUGCCUUUGCCUGUAUCAUCUGUCACUCACCACCGUCGGCCGCCCCGUGUUCUCGAGAGUUGGCAACACCACUUCACAUUCCCCUCGUUGUCCUCGGCGUCUUGUACUUCCCCCCUCAAAAUUCCAGCGUUGUGAGACAAGGCCGCUCCUGCAGCAUCUGCAACGGGGAUACAUCGCUCGUGGUCCCUCUCACGAGCCUCCUCAUCUUUUCCGACUGUGCUGCCUGCGCAGAGUGUCGCAACGGCGCUUCUUGUUCUCCUCGACUUCUCACUCCGAUUUUCCCACUCUCGCCUGCUUGAAAAGCACUCAGCCACGCAUCAACAACAUACUAACCCUCCUCGUACAGCCUGCGGUGUAA